AUGUGCGUUUUAUUGUCUUCAUUUCAGUACAGCUCUAGCAAGAACGGUUUACAACAAAGGCAUAUUCAGCGAGUUAUGGAAUCUCUAGCUUCCAUGGACGUUCUGGAAGUUGGUUAUUGGAUGAAGGGCAAAGGAUUCAAACAACAAGUAGUGAACGCCUUCGAAGAUCAAGAGAUGGAUGGAGAGGCCCUCCAAAUGGCUCUUUCCAGUUGCCCUGGGCCCGACUGCUUCAAAGGUGUAGUACCUGCUCUUGGACUGCGCUUAAAGGUUUACCACGCAAUUAAAUCAGCUUUUCAAGAAGAGGAGGAAAGUCUAAUUGAUAAGCCAACGUCCCCAAUUCAACGGGAGGAUGGUGCUUCUUCUGAAUAUUAUGGAUCCAGUCCUGCCUCCAGUCUCAUGGAAUUCAGCCAAAGGCCCUCUGUAUCUUUUAAAUCCCCUGGAUCUGGUGCUUCUAGCGCCUCCACUGUGCCUAUUAAAUCCCCUGGAUCUGGUGCUUCUAGCGAAUCCAAACCAGGCACCACUCCAAAGUCAUCUAGGAUUAAGAAGAGUCUUCCAAAUCCUUUCCCUAUACCGAUGUUUAGAAAGUACACACAAAACAAUUUAGACAAAAAAAAAGUAGCUGACGAUGACAGGAGACACAUAAUAUCUGUGUUGGGACAUGUCAUCUGUGCUCACCUAGAAAGAGCUUCAAUGAGGGACUGUCAGCUUGUUGCGGAGGCUCUUCUUCGAAAAUAUCCGUUUUUGUCAGAAGCUCACUCCUGGCAACACUUUCUAUACACAAAGUGCCAGAACAUUAAUCGCACGCCUGGAACGAAACAUGUUUUUGAUGGCUCUGAUGCCCCGAAGUCCAAGCGCUCAAAAACAAUUGAUGUUAAUAAACAUGCUUAUCCAGGCCUAGAUGACAUGGGUAACGAUGAUGUUAGUGACAAACGCAACAAAGCUCUUCUUGACAGCGAGUUGACAAAAACUCGCCCACAAAAAGACAGUCUAGUGGACUUAAUGAAGCGAACAAGUGUCUCUCGAAGAAAAUGGAUCCUUAACGAGGAUGUCAAAACUGUUAAUUCAAUAUGUCUGGAAUGGCCUCUGUUAAAGAAAUUUAGUUUUGUGGUUAUGGAGUUUAUCACUAUAAUGAAGAAGGACGAACAGUUUAAGGAAAUCUUUGUGUCCAGUUGGAAGAAAUGGGGGGAAGCUAUUGUUGAGUAUGCUAAGGCCAUUAAAUCCCCUCCGACCGGUGUACAACAGGCAUUGCGACAAUGUGAUAAUAAAGAUCUAACGUCACUUCGUUGCUGGGCCCACUUCCUUACAGCCAAAAAAAAGGGAAAGGAUGUAGUUGGGACAUGGGUGGACACCCCCUUCAUUCUUUGGGACAAACCUCGUGGAACUCCUCCCAGUGAGUGUGUGGAUGCAGCUAAUACCCAACCCUUCAUUGUCCAGCUGAGUGACACAAGUGAUGACGUUCCUCCACAAUUCUUCCUUGUGAUUGAGCAGGAAUUGCUCGUCGAAUGUAGCAACCUGAUCGAAUCUGUCCUUGCACUGUUUGCAGCCCACUACGUGUUUAACAUUCGAUAUCAUCCACGUCUAACCGAUUUUUACCUAUUUAUCGAACACAAAAUAGCCAAUAUUAGUCCCUCGUGUGACAAGAAGAGUCCUACGUACCUGAGCGUGACGUCUGCUGCUCAGUGUUUCCUCAAGGAAGAGGAUUGAACUAUGACUCUGCCUAUAUACUUGUGACUCUUUUGUUGGCUCUCAGUGUAUGUUAUAAUACCAGUUGAAUUUGUUGCCUCCAUCACUGCAUAAUUA